AAACGCAGUAUCACAAGGAUCGAGGAGGUCUCACUGGGAAGACAUAUGUGGUUGGCGGUCGACAAGUCUUCAAUUGCUGGUAAUUCUUCAAGUGUUACACAAUGGGAGUGUAUGUCAUGUACGUCAACAAGUAAACAUGAAUACCAGCAAAGUUGCACAGACUGAGUUUACAUGCAGCUUAUUUCCUUCACUGUUGGGCCCCACACUGCAUGGUGAUUUGGUUUGUGACGGCAAAAAAGAAAGUGUUUAAUCAUCUAUAGAUGGCUGAAAACUCUGAAAAUGGAGAAGGCCAUUCUGACCCAGAAAAAAAACAUCAAAAUGACAGGAAGUCUCAUUCCUGCAAAAUAUGUAGAAAGAUUUUUACCAAAAAGAGUAGUCUUACGUGUCAUAUGAGGUUGCACACAGGUGAGAAACCAUACAAAUGUACUGAAUGCGAACUUAAAUUUACUCACAAAAGUACACUGUUACACCACACGAGACUCCACACAGGUGAAAAGCCAUAUGUUUGUGGAAUAUGUAAUAAAAGGUUUCGGCAACGCUCAAAUUAUACACUACAUGAAAAAAUACAUACAAAAGAAAAACCGUAUAAAUGCAUCGACUGUGGCAAACAGUUUGCUCAAAGAGUUCAUCUUACAACACAUGUCCGCCUUCACACAGGAGAAAAGCCUUAUACUUGUGAUGAGUGUGAUCAGAAGUUCUUUCAGAGAUCCCACCUGACCCGUCACACUAAAAAUCACAAGAAGAGACAAACUAAAUACUGUGAUGAUGUCAGCAGGUCAGCAGGUCCUUCAGGAAAUGUGAAACCAAGACAAACAUAUGCAAGUGAUAAACAUUCAGAAGAGCAUUCUGUGACAGAUGAUAAUCAGUAUUUACAUUUUGAAAGGCAAAAUAGGUUUACUCUGAAGUGUGAACAUUGCAAAAAAAUAUUCAUCAAGAAGUCACACCUACGAAGUCACAUGUUCAUCCAUACAGGUGAAAAACCUUUCAGUUGCACCUACUGUGGUAAGAAAUUUGCAGAGAAAAGUAGUGUAAGACGCCAUCAGAAAAUACACAAGGAAAAAAAGGGAUGUAGUGAACUUUCUCAUCAUAGUUCAGGGGAUCCCAUCACCACGCUUUCUUCAGAUACUCGAGGGCCAGCACGAAUUACACCUCAUUUAACGAUAAGUGAAUCGAAAAUGGUAGCCUUCAAUAAUGCCAAUGCAAAUUUCAGACUAGAAACAAAGUGCACAAUGAAUAUGCUUACACCAAUUCAAGAAGAUAGAUACACACCUGAUGCACCAUGCUUUUCUGAGGUUGGGGCAACAGAAUAUGGAUUUAAAAGUGAAUUACAUCCAACAAAACAAACUACUAAUACAAAUAAUCUGACGACAAAUUACUUAACCGCUGACACAGAAAACACAAAAUCAAAACCAGUUUUAGAUAAACUUAUUCAUAGAGAUCCCCUGGUUGGAUGCCGCAGUCAUUGCGACAACCAUUCUGAAUUACUAGCCAGUGUAAGCAAAUUAAAGGUUUCAUUGGAUUAUGACAUCAACAAAUCUCCAUCGGACUUGUUCACAAUCAAUUGUAAUGAGUCAUCAAUAAUACAAGUAAAAGAUAUCAAGGAAGAAAUAGAUUUCUUUCAAGAAGAUUUAGAUAUGUAAAUCACGCCUGUUUCGUCACAUUUGUAAGGAAAAAUAAAAGUAUCUAAUAACACCAAACCCCUACGUCCAUUUUAACAAUAUCUAUCGGCACAGCAAGAGCCACAUGUCUUUAAUCUUAUUUGUAUCUAUUCUGGAUUUUUUUUAGUGGCUGCUGGUUUACAACCAAUUCAAAACCAUGUAUGAUUAUAUCAACGCCGUUAUUGAGAACACAGUGUUGGGAAGUCUUGUAACUAGGCUGUUCAGUUACCCUAGGAGUAGGGCCGGAUAAAGACAUUUUAUUCUAUCGGGGUGCCGUAUCGCUCUGGACGUUGGCCAUCAUGGAACGCCAGUCUUCUCUAUCCGUUGUCAUGAAUAGCUGCACUAGUGUUACUCUCUCUCAGUCCAUCAAUGUAUUUCAGGCGUUGUCUUCCACUUGAUCUCUUUCCCUCAAACUUUCCUGUUACAUAACCUAUGAAUUGUAAUUCUUUUUCUAAUCAGUUCCAUUAAUGUUCGUUUUGUUCGCAUUCUUACUUCCAUUAAUCCUUGUUUUCCAUAGUUACAUUUCUGCUACUUCUAGGUUCUUUUGUAUCUGUUUAUUAUUGAUAGCUCAAUGUUGGUGACCACGUGUUUUACAUUAUUGAUUUUUAUUAUUGAUAUCCUCUGUAUUUCUUUCUCAGUUUUCCCAUCCCAUGUUUCAGGCAACCUAGAUCGCUGAACCUUUUUUUUUUUUUUUUUUCGUGUGUGUGUGUGUGUGUGUGUGUGUGUGUGUGUAUGUGUGUGUGUGUGUGUGUGUGUGUGUGUGUGUGCGCGUGCGUGCGUGCGUGCGUGCGCGUGCGCCUGUGCGAGUUAUUACCAUAACCCCAGUUUUCUUUUUGUUUAUUGUUAGUCCGUUAUUUUACUUGAUUCUGUUAAUGCUGCCACUAGUUCUUGAAGCAGAUUUUUUUUUACUCUGCCAACAGUACUGUCUUCAGCAUACCUGAUGUUAUUGCUGUUUCUUCCAGCCCCUGACACACGCUUUGGGUGACUGAUAUCCCUCAUAAUUAUUUCACUCUGCAGAUUGAAUAAAUAGGGUGACAUCACACACUGUUACCUUACACAUCUUUCUAUUUUCUGCUAAUCCGACGUUUCAUCUCUUACUUUCACUGUUUCUUCUUGUUUCCAAUAUGUUUCCUAUCAAACUUGCAUAUCUUCCAUCUACUCCUAUUCUAAUAAGCAUAUCUAUUAGUUCUUUAUGUCUGACUCUGCCAAAUGUUUUUUCGAACAUUACAUUUUUUUGUACUUCAAUCAUCUUCUCUGUUGAUCUUCCUAUCACAUAAAUGGCUUUUCUUGUGCCCUUACUUUUCGUAGUAACCCUUAAAAAACAUUUUUGUCAUAUAAUUCAUGAUAAUGAAUUACAUUCUUGUGACUUUUGGAUCUUAGGUAUGACUAUGAAUAUACAUUUGUACUGUUGACUUUUGGGUGCUGUACAUCUUAUUGGUUAUCUCAUUCUGUACCUCCAGCAUUUCUCCUUCAUUUCCUUCUUCACUUUUUGCUUUUCCUUUUUAGUGCUACUUCUGUUGCUUCUUUCAUAAUGUCUAGCUCCUCAUUAUUUUGUAUGUAUCCAGAUUCGUCUGUUUUAUCUGCAAAUAAUUUUCUAAUAUAUCCGUACCAUCUAUCAUUUAUUUCGUUUAGUUCCAUGACUACUAUUCCAUACUUCUUUAUUGCUACAUUCUGAUUGUAUUUUCUUUUGCUGGUGAUUUCUCCUAAUUCCUCGUACCUGUUCAGUUUCUGUGCAUCUUUCAUUCACCCAUUCUUCUUUUGCUUUCGCGCAUUCUUUGUGUAAUUUCCUAUUAUGUUUCUAAGUAACUUUUCAUCUUUAUCUUUUAUGUCCUCCUUUCAUUCAUUAAUGAAUGGAUUUUUUCCGUCUUAUUUUAAUGUCUCCUAGCUAUUCUUAACCACUAUGUUGAACAGUUUUUUUUUUCUUCAUUCUUAAGUUCAUUUUGUUGUUGCUUCUUUCAAUUUCUUGUUUUAGAUCUCUUGAUUUUCAGUUUCAUUGUUGCUAGCACUGGAUUAUGAUCGGUAACACCAUCUACCCCUGGAUACGUUUUCACCUGGAUUCUAUUUAUAUUUCCUAGGUCUAUCUCCAAGCCUUUGCAUAUUCUCCAUGGAUAUCGUUUAAAGCAUAUGUUCAUGAUGAUUUGCACGUUUUCUGAACACCAUGCUAUCCAUCUCGUGCCCCUUUCAUUUGCUUUACCUUGUCCACACUGGCAACAGUGUCUUUAAAACUUCAUUGCCCACCUUAACGAGAAUUACUUCUUUGCACUGUUGUUAUUAUUCAUUUAUUUCUCUACAGAAUCUGUCUAUUUCUGCGUACUACCAUGUAUUAUGUUUAUGUUAAAUAUUCUUCCUGUUAAUUAAUAUGUCCAUCAGAUAUUGCCCAGUAGCUCAUGAUGCCUCUGGAUACGGUGUUUGACAACAGAAUGCCCACUCCCCUGUGUCCCCUCCUGAGUAUAUUAACUGAAUUCCUUCUGUUACUACACAUCCUGCUCCCGGCCAACUGAUUUCUCCGAGGCCUAGUAUGUCAGUUUCACUCUCUUUCUUUCUCUUUUAGUGUUUCCCCGCUUCGUAUAUUCUUAGCGUUCCAUGUAACGAUUCGUAGAUUGUAUUUGCCUUAUUAUUAUUCAGAACUCUUAUUCAAUGAAAAAAGGGAAAAUCAUACAUCAUUUGUUUUUUUUUUAUCCGGUAAACACGCAGGUAAAAUAAUAAUAAUGAUAAUAAUAAAAUACUACUACUACUAAAACAAUAAUCAUGAAAAUUAUACUAAUAAUGUUUUACUUGGAAGGAAUUUGUAACGAAAUUAAAUGCAACCAACUACA